AUGUUUUCCUCUCUAUUUAGACCGAAGCGGAAGCAGAGGCUGGGGCUCUUCUCGCCCCCUGGGUCCGUUGGGCAGGCUGAGAGAAACGUUCGUGAUUUCGAGGCCGAUGCUCAGACCGAGCCAGAAACUGCUUCAGAAGAAGUUAUCGGAGACUAUGAGGAGGAGUACGAAGAUGCCCCUGAUAGCGAAUCUCAAGCUCCUCUAUUGCCGAUGUUUUCUAUCCAUCUUGAUGCAAUUCCUGUUUAUCAACUCACCCAUGACCUACGGCUAUUGAUAGCAUCACGCUGUGAGACGACGUUGACAUGGGAUCAGCUUCGAUCCCCUCAGGUCUCGCAGUUUCUGCUGAAACCCAUACAGCAAAUCAUCCAUGCAAGACAUCUUACUAAAGCUACUCUCUAUGCCUUGAUGGUCAACUGCCUCCAAUUUGAUAAAGAGGCUACUUCCAACCCAGGUAUUAGCGGUGCCAGUCGGACAAGAGCAAUGGUUUGUGAACUUCUGGCCAUCAAAUUGCUAAAGGAAUACAACGUGCGAAGUCUGAUAGACGCCUUGUCAUAUGAUUUUCAUCCGCUACAAGGCCAGGCCUCUAAGCCGUCUACCGGAGCUUCAAAUGGUCGACCAUGGGAUAACAACCAGGGUUCUCAUGCUUUACUUAAAGACGUUCGAAUCUCAUGUUUAGAAAUUGCUAUCAGAGCCCAGGCAAAACGAUUCUUGGCGCAUCCCGUUGUAGUCCAGCAGCUGGAAGCACUAUGGGCUGGCACUAUUGUUUUCUAUUCCGGAGCAGACAGCCUGCACCGACAACCUAUUUCGGAUGGUCAUUUACAAUAUCAGGGCUACGGCGCCAUCCACAUGCCCGGACCUCGAGUCGACACAAAGGGUAUUCCCACUGUACGAAACAAGAAUAUCUCCCGCCGUUCAGUAUCAAUUUAUGACCCACGAGAUGCGUCUCUAUUUAAGUUAUCUAGGUUACGCGUCCCUAGAUAUCGGCAGUUAUUAUCGACGCUUUCCUACGCGAUUCUGCUAUGUCUCUUUCUCAUCUUACUCCAGAAGAGACCGCUGCACCUAACUGGUUUUGAGAUGGUCUUCUGGUUUUGGAGCGCCGGGUUCAUGCUAGACGAGAUCGUUGGCUUUAAUGAGCAAGGCUUUAGCCUUUACUUGAUGAGCUUUUGGAACAUGUUUGACGUCGGGAUUCUAGUCCUGCUUCUUAUCUAUUAUGCCUUGCGUCUGUAUGGGGCAAUUGUCCCUCAGGAUCAGAAAGCCUAUGCAGCGGGACUCGCAUACGAUACCCUGGCUGCUAAUGCGGUGCUUCUACUGCCACGACUUUUUUCAGUUCUUGACCAUUACCGAUACUUUUCGCAGCUGUUAAUCGCAUUUCGAAUGAUGGCUGCUGACUUGAUUGCGGUGCUUAUUCUUAUUAUUAUAGCUUGCAGCGGGUUUUUCGUCGCCUUUACCUUUUCAUUUGGCGAUACCAAUGCCUCACCUAGCUCGGUUGCCUAUGCUUUGUUCCAAAUGGUCAUGGGGUUUACUCCAGCUGCUUGGACCCUUUGGGAUAGGUAUAAUCUGCUUGGGAAGAUUAUUCUGACCCUUUUCCUAUUCAUAUGCCAUUUCCUGGUUAUCACGAUCCUCAUCACUAUCCUCACAAACUCCUUCAUGGCUAUUGUCCAGAACGCGCACGAAGAGCAUCAAUUUUUAUUUGCCGUGAAUACUAUAUCUAUGGUGAAAUCAGAUGCUCUAUUUUCUUAUGUGGCACCGACCAAUGUCCUCGCCUGGGCGAUUACUCCCCUGAGAUUUGCCAUACCCUUUCGAAGUUUUUUGAAGCUCAACCGUACCGUCAUCAAGAUAACGCACUUCCCGAUUCUCUUCUGCAUAUAUCUUUACGAGCGCACUAUAUUGAGGCCUGCUGCUGUUGAACCCACUGACCUGAUUAGGGGCAGAUUCAAUCCAAUUACACCUACCGGAGCCCAAGAGCGCUCUUUUUCACCUUUUACUCCACGUGCCAGGUUCCGUGUACGGGAGCCAUCCGUUGCUACACAUCAAAAGGAUAGGGCUUUAGACCAAGUCUUUGACCUGCCCCGUGAAGGCACUACUUACCAAGAACCUCGGCGGAGCAGGGCCCGCCAACGCUUGUCCACCACCAAUGUCAGUAACUGGAUGCGGAAUAUUGGAGACGGAAGCUCUAGAGCACCGCCGGAAGACCAAGACCGAAAAGUGGUGGAAGACUUGGAGGCAAGGCGAGUGUGGCCAGGCCGGUUACAACGACGACGAAGAAGCCGAGGAAUGAGCGGUCAUAACUUUUUCACAGAUACUACUCGGUCCUUUGCCUCAGACCCAGAAGACUUCAUGAGUGUUGCAUUUGAGACGACCAAAGUAAACAGGGAACCUAGGCCUCACCUUUACUCUCAAAGGAUAUCAGUGAUGCCUGCACCUGCACAAACUGACGUUGAGGUUCAAGGUGACGAUGAGCUGAGCAGUGAUGAAAACGGUGGAGCCGAUUCUAGUAGAGACGGAGACUUACCUGAUCCUAGGAAAACUCAAGAGACUAUCUUUCCUACGGAUAACAUACUUGAAAGCUCAGUAGAGCCAUCCCCCAUGCUUUCAAGGCCUUCAACGGCCCGACGGUUCUCACGAAGGAACAGCCCAUCACGUACCCCGCGAACACCGCGGCGCCAUCACUCGAGGAAUCCUUCUGCAGCUACAAUACUCUAUAACCCCGUACCACCAGAAGCUACCCAGAGUAUGGCUAGUUCUAAACCUCCAUCUCCUAGACAUAAAGGAAAGAGCGGGACAACCACUCCAAAUCGACGCCGACCACAGACCAACCUGAAAACUUCACAGCUGAUAACGCGACCACGGCCGAUCCCACAGCCGACAGCGGCGGCAUUUUCUGUCCCCGAUCAUGGUAUACAGUGGUCACUAAAUAAUCUACCAAGUCAACGGCGGCGUCCUUUAUCCCUUACUCUGGGCUUGGGAUCUGAUAUAGGAGACAACGAAGCGCUUGGCGGAGGUUUUGUGGGCGGUAUACCUGGAAGCUUCAACACUCAAAUGGCAUAUGCCAUGGGGGAAAUGCAACAGGAAAGGAGGAAUGACAACAGAGACAUGCUUAGCCGGCUUGUUCUCGCACGGAUGAAGACGCUUGAAGAAAGCUUCAGGGAUGUUUUGAACGAAGUCAAGGAUCUCCGCCAUGCUCCCGGGAGAAAAGAAAGGGUUCGCCCCGCUACCUCACGUAGACAAAAUACCGCCACCAGCAGCCCAAAACAAGGAGUAGAGAUAUCGACUAGGGAGGAAUCUCGCAGGGGCGGUGAAAAUAAGCUACAUGCUGCAUUUGAGCUCAAAGAUGAGCGGCUCAGCGAAGAGAGGUCGGAGUCCUCAUCAGACUCCAAAUUGAGGUCUUGCUGA